GUCUUGUAUCGUGAAUGUGAACCAUUAGUCUCCGAAGAUAUUAGAUAAGCUUGGUUCUGGGGUGCGCUAGUGUACUCUUUCUUCGUCUUCCUAUCUACUAUUCUCGGCUCUCUUAGCUCAGAGGAGCAAAUACCAAGCAGCACCAAACCCUAACUAGAGAAAUCCCACCAAUCACACACUUCUUCUUUUUCUAAUCUAAUCUCAAAUAGUUUCUAAGUAAAUUUCAGUAAAGAAGAGAAAAGAAGAAGAAAAUGGCGGUGGCUACGUCGAUGAGUUUCAACCUGGCUGGGGCAUUCAGAGGCCUCACCUUAGCUUCUCCGAUCUCUUCUUCUUCCUCUUUCUUCAGAGGCGAUUUUGGGUCCAUACGCGUGGUAGGUCCCAAGCCAUCUUCCGUGAGAUUGCCGCUGACCAUUCAAAAUGCGCACAAGAAAGGAGCCGGGAGCACCAAGAACGGCCGAGAUUCCAAAGGCCAAAGACUCGGCGUCAAGAUCUUCGGCGACCAGGUUGCCAAGCCGGGCUCCAUCAUUGUUCGCCAGCGUGGGACCAAGUUCCAUGCAGGGAAGAACGUGGGGCUUGGCAAGGACCACACGAUCUUCUCCUUGAUCGAUGGACUUGUAAAAUUUGAGAAGUUUGGGCCUGACAGGAAGAAGGUGAGUGUUUAUCCACGAGAAGUACAGCCAGAGAACCCCAACAGUUACAGAGCAAGGAAGAGAGAAUCCUUCAGGCUGCAGCGUGAGCGCAAGAAAGCAAGAGCGGAGGGCAAAAUUGCUCAACCACAACUAGUAUUGGCUUCUGCCGUUGAUGCCACAGAUAGCCGUCCCAUUUGCUAAUUCUAGAAGGCAGCUCUCCAUCCACAAAUUCUCGCUUUGCAUCAUUGGCUGGAUCUUUUGUAAUUCCAUAUUUGUUGAUAUUUUUAUCGAGAAACGUAGCUGUAAACACUCGCACCAAAUUUGAAAUCUGGUAUUUUGUU